AUGUCAGCCAACUUAGUUGGUGAAAGAAGAACACAUUAUCACAAUAAACAAAAACAACUACGCCAAACAUUAAUUAAAUACGCCGUCGAUGAUUGUUUAGCUGUAACUUUAUUGUUAUCGUACAUUCGACAAGAUCAAGAAUCAAAAUUAAAUCAUCGUAAAAUAACAAUGGAAAUACAAGACAAUCAUCAGCAACAACAACAACAAGACGAGUUUAACCAACAAAAUAUACAAGAAAACUUGGAAAAUUCAACCGAAUUUACACAAGAUCAACACCAACAUGAAUACAACCAGUACACUAUGGAUGAAAAUCUAACAGAUUUAGCCGAACAACUAAAUGAACAACCAGCUAUGUAUGAUAAUAUCACAGCAUCAGAAGACGAGAGUCCAACUGAUAUGCCAGAACCACAACCAGUUCAACAACCACGACCACACAACAGAAAUACUUAUAGAUCAGCACAUGCCAGACAUAAACGAAAUCGCAAACGUCACAGAAAACAAAAUCAAUUUCGAUCACAAUUCAACAUUCAACGAAGUUGUUAUCGAACAUUCAAUGUAUCAAUGAUUAAAUCUAUUCUGAAGGACUAUGGUAUACCAUAUGCAAAAGUAAUCAUUGCUGGUGGCAAUGCAACAAUUACACUUAAAAAUCAACAACAACAUCAAUUACCUAUACGCACAUUACCUCAUGACGUUUUCGACAUACGACAUCAUUAUAAAUUUAUCAACAUAUUUUAA